UUCAUUUUUCUAGUCAGUGAAACAUGGGAAGGGUUAUCGAUAAUGGUGACAAACAAGUGCGGUCGAAAACUCGAAAUGUUACAGUUUUUGACGUUGAGUUAGUGAUUAUUUGAUUGAGUCUUGAACAAAACGCAUUCGGCUAUGUUCAGGUAUCUUUUGUCUCGCUUGAUCUGAUCCGACGUCAUUUGGUCUGAUAGGAAACCUUCGCGUACAUUCGCCCAUUCGUUCGUUGUAGCCAACUUGAUACUUUAGCCUCACUAUGUAAUUUUUUAACAAAGAUCCUUAUAAAAUUCGAGUUAAUGACGUGAUGUGAACGACUUUUUUUUACGGAAAUUUCAUUAUUUGGUAUGUAGGCCUAUAUAUUAGUUUCUAACUUGUUCCGUGGAGGGCGCAGUGGCGCACGUUGGGAAGUACUCGGAAUAUACAAUAUCUAAAUUUAGAAGUUGAGCUACUAGGACGCUGAGUUCUGUGUCCACACACCGGCUAUGGACGAUCCAGCAUGAUAUCCCAAAAAUGUCAUCCAUUCCACCAGCAACACCAGCCGGUGGUGGAGCGUGGUUUCCUACUGCUGUCAUUCAGCCGAGUUCAGUCCAAGGAAACAAUGUCACGAUCCGGUUCUGCAUCGUCGGGCCUGGCCAAAGGAAAAUCGUUCGUUAAAAAGCUGCUCUACGCCCAACGAUACGACGUGGCAAAAGAUGUGACGUGUGUCAUCCCCGAGCUGUUGCUAGAAGAUUACAUCCUGCAGGAGAGGGGCAAAUUUUGUGACUUGCAAUUCACCGAGUAUUUGAAAAACCCAAAGUCAAACAUCCAAGUGCUCAAGUCGGGACUGAAAAGUAAGACCCUAGAAGUUUACGUUUACUCCAACCCGCUGCCAUUUGCUACAACUUUGGAGAAAAUGAGCGCAAGGAGAAUCCUGAAUCUGCCCAAACUGCCAUCCAUUUGCGACUUGACGAUUCACGCUUUCGUCGUUUUCAGGACGUACGACUACGCCACGCGUAGGGAAAUGUGGUGGUCAUUAGAAAAAAAUGGCCACUACACUGUUCUGCAACAUUCCUCGUGCAGGUCGGACGUUGUUGCGAAGAUCUACGACAUUGAAAAAAAAGAAUUCGUCCAACGGUUGGAGCCAGUCAAAGAACUGACAAGAGCUGCCAGUUUUUCCCAGUUGAACAAUUUAUUCACGGCGUUUUGGGAAACAUGUCAAUUCAGCACAAAGUACCAUCUGAUCAAAGCAAACUGUCAGAACUUUGCAUCGUUCGUUUUCAAAAUAGCCAAUUGCGAAGGGAAAACGUGGUGGACUCUCACGAGCAAAUUGGUCGACAUUCUGACGCCUGGGAGUCUGAAAAAGGGUUCCGGAGUUGAAUCAGAUGCCAUCAGACACUAUUGGCUUGUCGGAAGCGAGAAGCGCGAUCUCUACAUAUCGCUUAUCAAAAACAAGGAUGGUGCGCUGAUUACCAGUCUCAUCAUUGAGGCAUUCCCAAUCAACGGUAGAGACUCUCAAGGCUAUACAAUGCUCGAAUGGAGCAGAGCCUUUGAAAGAAAGGACAUUGGAGACUAUUUAGAGAAGAAAGGAGCCAUUCCGUCAGAAUCAUUCCGCCGCAAUGUCAUUUCCAUAGCUCUUCAAUAUUCAGAUUCACACGAUCCCAAAAUAUCUUUCGACGGCGUUGACGUGACCAGUGUCAACCAAACGGGCGACACGAUCCUCCAUUGUGCGCUGUACGGAGGCAAGUGGAAAGUAGUUAAGAAAAUUCUGGAAGAAUUAAGCACAAAUUGCGACUUUAACGCAUUGAAUUCUUUGAACGAAACGCCACUUCAUCUGGCUGCCAAAUUGGAAUGCUCAAUCAACAAGUUCGAAGCGCUUUUGAGUCGAAUUGACCCGGAAAAGGUAUUAAACAUUCCAGAUCUUUUCGGGUACACUCCGCUCCACUAUAUGCCGUCGACGUUCGUUUGCCGAACGAGAAGAAAAUUAAACUAUUAUUAGACAAAGGAGCGGACAUUAAUUCCAAGACGAAAAAAGGAUACACGGCUCUUCACUUUGCACUGUGGCACAAAUCGGCGACUGUUACCGAGGAAUUAUUGAGUCAUGUCAAGCUUGUCGAUGGGAAUGAAGUAGAAGAUGCGGAUGUAAACUCGAUGGAUGACUACAACCGGACGGCGUUACACUAUGCUUGUUGGUGGUCAGGUAUUCCAGUCGGCCUGUUUAAGACAAUUUUGGAGAAACAGCCACUGAUAUGAAUGGAAAGGACCAACUUGGCUACACCGGUCUUAUUAUAGCUUUAUUUUGUAAAAACAAAGUCGCCACGGAAGAACUGCUGACACAUAGCCGGACACUUGUGGAUGGAACAGAAGAGUGUGUGGACGUUAACAUUCGAAAUAACGAUGAUGAAACAGCCCUUCACUGGGCUUCUGCAUGGCCAAACAUUCCGGAAAAAUUAUUCCAGAAAAUUUUGGAUGGUUCCGCAGAUAUCCAAACGAAAGACUGCUGCGGAACUACUCCUAUUGAUAUCGCCAUCAAAUAUAAAUCGUUGAAUGCCCAAUUCUUACUUGGCAAACAAUGCAAAAAAUGAAAGAAGAAAAAAUAUUUACUGUAUUUGUUGGCCCAUUUUUGAAUUUUAGUUGCAAUGUUACAGCUUUAGAAUAUUUUCCUAUUUGUGUAAACAAAAUUGUGUCCAUUGCCCCCCAAAACUGAUAUAAUCUUGUGAUAGCGUUAUCUGUUCUUGCUCAUGGAAUUUUGAAACAAAAUUGACGCGUGUAGAAUUUGGGGUGUAAUGAAUUGGCAAAGUUGAAAAUUAAUAAAAUGAAUCUGAAAUA